AUGCAUGUAACUCCUAGUACAAAGAUAAAUUCAACAACAAUUGGGACGGAUACUUAUGAUACAAAUGGCGCUAUAUUGUACAUCAUUACGAUUCUUGUUUGGUAUUCAGUUGGAAUCAUAUUAAUGUUAGUCAUGCAAAUGACUAGCCAUUCUCAUGAAAUUGAAGAUUCUGCUAAACGUCGCGCGAGAUUUCUCAUUCGACAUGUAAACGAUCAUUAUGAUACAAAAGAGAUAUUAGGUAAAAUCUUCUCAUAUUCUGUAAUGUAUAAAAAUUUAGUUACUUUGUUUUCAAUAGAAGAGUUAGCUAAUAAGCAGAAUCGAGAUCGACUCUGGAAUCUGUAUUUGGACAUCAAUUCUAGAAAUCGUCUAAUGAGAGCGGAAAAUAUUCGUAUUCGUCAUAUUCAGAAACAACUAGCGAUUAUAAAACGAAAUCAUCAUUUAACACAUGAUGGACCUUUUCCUUCCACUGGCGAAAGAACGCAUUAUCGUGCUAGUCGUUCAGUCGUAUCAGAGCCAUUAACACCGACUCGACGUGGUUCAUCUUUUGAUCAGCAAGUUCUCGAUCGUUGGAAACAAGCAGAUGAUCAACCGAAAUCAUCCGAACAGCAAAUAGUACGGUCUAGUGGCACAACUAUCAUUCGAAAAUACUUUCGACGUAGCCAAAAAAAAUCUAUAGCACCCAAAUCUCGAUAUGCUGAUCGUGCUAAGCCGAACGGCGAUCCUCAAUUCAAUGAUGUUCUGUUAGCAUCAAAUCCUACACCCAAACUAUUGCGUCCUCGAGUAGAAGCAAGUCUAUCGUUGAUCACAUCAACUGCUGUCAAUCAACAACAGCCUUAUCUGAGUUAUUUCUCACUUCCAUCUGCUCCAGAAAUCAUAAGAUAA